UGCAUCGAUCACGUCAAACUGUUGAAAUCAGCAGAUUUCCGAGUUACCAACAAAUAGAAAAUAAAAGCACAUCCGAAAAAUACUGACGGACAUUGAAAAUUUGCAACAAAAUGCGAAUUUUCGUUAACUUAUUUAUUCUUUGCAGUCUAUCGAUAUUAGUAAGUGGGCAAAACAACAAGUAUGGUUUAUGGCCACCGGAAAAGAGUUGCGGUGAGUCUACAGCUAUAGUACAAUGGACCGGAGGACAAUUUGAAUUUCCAUGUUCAUCCACUAAAUCGCUGUUCAAAAGUUCCGGUAAAUUUAUUUCCAAAAAUGUUAUAGCUACACGUGCGCAAAUUGUGGGUGAUGUGCUUUAUCUGGGCUUGCCACGUUAUAGACACGGUGUGCCUGCCACUUUGGUUAAAACUAAUGUACAACCAGGUACUUGUACCACCACAUUUACACCAUAUCCAUGUUGGGAUAUGCAGGAGGAAGGCACAUGCAAGGCAUUACAGUCCGUUGUGGACUUGGUAGUGGAUCAAAAUAAAGUUCUAUGGGUGUUGGAUACUGGUAUUGUUAACACAUUGGAGACACCUAUACGUAAGUGUCCCCCUAAAGUGGUAGCUAUGUCUGUGAAAACUGGAAAGGUGUUGAAAACUAUUUCACUGGAAGGACUUACUUCAAGCAGUUCUCGUUUGCAAUAUUUGGUGGUGGAUUACGCUCCAGAUGGCAGUUGUUUUGUUUAUGUAAGCGAUGCAGCAAAUCGUGCUAUAAUCGUAUAUAACCUACAAGCCGAUCGUGGUUUCCGUGUUGUAUUGCCGAAGGCAAUAACAGCAGGCUGUCGUACGCGUGACGUACUUUAUAUUGCGCUUAUAAGACGUGAUUGUGGUACAACGGAACUAUACUUCAGUUACUUGAGUACAAAUAAACUAUUCUCUAUACGUUCUGAGGAUUUAAGAAGUGGUGUGGCUGACGGACGUAUUAUGGAUUUGGGUAAAAAGCCCGCUCGUAUGGUUAUUAUUGGCACUGACAAUGGCUCAGCAAUAUUCUUCCGCAACGAGGGUGACGCUGAAGUAUUUCGCUGGGACACCAAUUCCACCUUCACAGAAACUAACUUCAAGCCGGUCUAUCGCAGCCCAACGUGUCAACUGGCAACGCAUGCCGUGCCCGACUACAAACGCAACACGAUGCGCGUACUGCAGAGCAAUUUUCCCGAUUUUAUGCAAAACCGCGUCGGCUGCGGUGCCAUACAGCAGUUAGCCGUAAUGCAGGGUUGCUGGUAGAACAGCUCGAAUGGGGACUUGGCACAAAUUCCGCUAGGUUAACAUGACGUUGCAGUAAUUUAUUUUAUAAUUUUUUUAAAGUUGCUCAAAGCGCGAACCACUUCAACCAUUUUCAAUUUAAGUUCCCAACGCGUCGCUCCGAACGCAUGCAGUAAAUUACAGCGAACGCAGUUCUAGGUCUGUAAGGAGAAGCGACGGUGGCAAAUUGAUAUGAUAUUGACGCCGUAUUGACAAUGUUUUCGCUGUUCUUUUGCAAUUUCGUUUAAAAUGAAAAUGUGUUUUCCUUUAAUUUGAAAGUGGUUAUGACACAAUUGGGUCAUGUCGGCAAAUUAAGUUUAAUAACAAAUUUUUCCA